UAGUAGCCAUGGAAACGGUGCGGACCACCCGUAGUACCCCCAACCUACUGACUAUGGCUCAACGGUUCCCCGGAUGAAGAAAAGGAGGAGAGGAAAUGCCUGUCCAUGACGGGGUCUACUAUCUGUUUGAGUUAGAGACUCCUCAGUUAUCAUCCGUCUGUGUAACUGACCCCCGGUCAUCCCAUCAUUCUAACACAGCUUUCCAGAUGCCCUCUUCCAACAAUGGGACUGUUUUCAAGUUCAGAUCACGCCACGAGAGUGUGGACUGGAGGAGGAUCGGCGGCAUUGAUGUGGACAAAGUGGCCAAUGAGCUGGACUUUAACACACUUCAGGAUAACAUCAUGAACAUAACCUAUUGCAAUGUGGAAAAUGAGAGAUGCCCGCACUGUAAAAAUGGCUUGGAUCCCAUAUUGGUCAAGCUGUUUCGCCUUGCGCAGCUAUUAAUUGAGUACCUGCUUCAUUCUCAGGAGUACCUGACCUCCUGCCUGCAGACAUUGGAGCAGAAGGUGCAGGCUACCCUCAAAGAAAAAGAGGAAAUAAAACUCAAAAUGGUGAAACAAAGUGAAGAAGUCAAGAAGUUGAAAGAAGAGUGCAAACAUAGGAAGGCCAUGAUUGCCACCCAGCAGAUGAUGAUCACUUCUGGUGCAAACUCUUAUAACAAAUGUCAUCAUUGUGACAAGGCGUUUGUGAACUAUUCGUAUUUGCAAGGUCACAUACAGAGGCGGCAUCCGGAAGAAGCAAGAUGUGAAAAACCAAAGUCUGAUACAAGCGGUAAAUUACAGCAGGAAAUAAACCUUCUAAAGGAAGAAUUAAAGUUGACCAAGGGCCAGCUGGAGACCGAAAAGGCUGCACAUAUAGAGAGGCUGUCAAAGAUGCAAGAAAACAAACAAAGAAAAGAAUUUGAAGAAGAAAUCCUCAAAAAGUUUGAGAACUGGAAAGCAGAAGAAAACAAGAAAUCUGCAAAUGAAAUGGAGAAAGUGAAGGAGAUGUUUAUGAAAGAGUUCAAAGAACUGAGUGUUAAGAACAGCUCUUUAGAAGAAGAACUACGGCAAAUGAAGAAAGACACUUUGUACAGCAAGUCUGGCGUGGGUGUUCUGCACGAAAGCCCCAGUGGUGGUAGAGAACAGAAGUCCAACUACUCACAUGACAUUGGAGCAGUGAUGGAACUCUUGCAUACACAGGAACAGAAAUUGGAAAACAAAAUACAUCUGCUUUGCCAAGAACACGACAAAGAAAAGAAACAGCUCACAUCCCAAAUAGAGAAGCUAAAACGGUCAUUAAGCGAAGAUCAGAGGUUGCAGAAUGAUUUGAAUCAGAAGCAAAUGCAUGAAUUUGAGCAGAAAAUUCUGGAACAAAACGAGUUAAUCAGGUCUCAGAAGGAACAGAUAAAGAAAAUGGCUAUAAAGACAUCAGCAUCUGUCCCAAAGCAUACAGUUAAUGUUGUGUCAAGGCCAUCUGUAGUAUCACAGGAAGAUGAAGCUGAAGCGAAAUCAAACUCCUUGGUAGCACGUGAUGUAGCGAUUGAGAAGAAAACAAGCACAAAUCAGAAUUUUUUAAAUGCCAUAAAGAAGAACAAAAUGCUCUCUAAAGAGCUGAGGUCCAUAGUGGAAGAGGGGCUGAAUGAAAAACUUGAAGCCUUGGGAGUUAAACCGGGCACGCGUGGUAUGUCACGUGAAGACCUCAACAGAACUUUAAGUGUAAUGCAGUCGUCCAGAGAAGAAAAAGAAAAGCUGUUACCAGAAAUUGCAUAUUAUCGGUCAAGCCUUCUCCGUCUUGCCAGUUCCAAGGCUGAGGAACGUGCAUCAUCAACAUCGUAUUGUAAACCACCUCAUGCAUCACAAUUAUUAGCUGAGCCGGAAACACCAGCCUUCGAAAGUCCAUCUUCAACAUUAAUGCUAAAGAAAUCCAAGUCCAAAACAUCAGUAGUGAAACGUUCUCAAGAUGAGUUCCAGACUCAGCCACAAAGCCCUGUGCCCAUAAAAAGCUCCACACCAAAAAAUAAAAUAGUUUCUGUGAAGGACUGCCGUGUGGCGAAGCGUUCCAGUAUUACCACACCACCCUUUAGCUCGGAUGAGGAAGAAGAGGAUAUGAACGGAACUCCUGUGCAGCUGUUCAGGUCUGCUGAUCUUUCAAAACCAAAAACUUCAUUUGACAAGAAGGGUAGCGGAGACUUUGCAGUAAACAGUGACUCAGAAGGAAGUUUACUGGAAGAAGCUGAACCCCAGAAAGCGCAUAAGCAAAAUAUUCAGAUAAAAGCUCCUAUCAAGCCAGCAAGAGUAGCAACAUUGGUGAGAGAACGUACAGAACAAAUCGAGAAGCAGGUGGCAUCCUAUUCAAGUGAAAAUAAACCAGCUGGCAGUGUUGAUGUAACCCGGCCAUUUUUGAAAAAGGAUCCAGUUAUGGAGUUUAAGGUUGAUGACAUCGAAGACAGUGAUUUUGACAGCUUGUCUUUGGAAGAAGAUGCAUUUGAAGUGCCAAGAUCUAUGAAGAAACAACAAAAUGUCACAGUACCCAGGAAUGGGUUUUCGCCUGCUCCUGUUAAAAGUGCAUUUGGUCCUGCAAAAUCAACCAAACCAGAAGCUCGUGAAGUAGAUGCCUCCAGCACACUUGUAAGCUCCUUAGUUUCUGUAAGUGACUUCAGUGACUGUUCUGAUCUAAACUAAGCAGAAGUCGUCUGCUGACAGUCUGAAAAUACGCAGUCCAAAGUAGUUUUGUUGUCAUUUAGGUGCAUAUAUAUAUGUAUAUAUAUAGCUUUUUUUGCAAAUGAAAUGCACUUUUUGUAAUUAUACAUUUGAUAUUCUAUUUUUAUAUGAGCCAUAUUUUUUUUCUUGUGUGUUUAUGAAGAUAUUUUGGCCAGUGGUACUAUAUUUAUAUUACAAAGGUACGUUACAACAUGAGUGUGUGUGCACAUUACAUCAUUUUCUUCACUGAAUUUAGAAAACAAGACAUUUCUUAUGCUUGUAUUGUCCCAUCUACAGACUUGGAAAUAUAUGAGAAGGUACAGGGUAAAAGGUAAACCUAUGUAAAAUUCAGUAAUAAUAAUAUGAAUUAUUAUGGCACCUUUUAAAACAAAAAUAAUUCUACUUAUCUGAAAGCUGCCAAACAAAAAAAACAACUGAUAGUCCUCACACCUACAAAAAUACCGUGAAUGUGUAGAGAU